CGGUAUUUUACAUUAAUUUACAUUCAUUUCAUUGUAUGAUCGUUGAAGUAGUGUUGAUAAUUAUCAUUUCUAUUGUUAUCUUGAAAAAACUAAUACAACAUCUUACAAAAACAAAUCACAAUGAAACCAACGGUAGCAGCUGAUGAAAUGUUUCCAGAAGGUGUUGGUCCUUACAUGGAUUUAGAAGAAGCUGGAGGGCCCUCAAAUCUACUCAUGGACCUAGCAGCGAACGAAAAGGCAGUGCAUUCAGAUUUUUUUAAUGAUUUUGAAGACUUGUUUGAUGAUGAUGAUUUGAAGUAAAAGACAUCCCUAAAAUAGCUAUUAAAUUUAUUGUAAGAUUAAAGAUAAAAUAAAAUAAAAC